AUGCAAAAAGCGACCUACUACGACAGCUCGGCGAUCUACGGUGGCUACCCCUACCAGGCAGCCAACGGGUUCGCCUAUAAUGCCAGCCAGCAGCCGUACCCGGCGUCCGCAUCUCUGGGCGCAGACGGCGAGUACCACCGACCCGCCUGCUCACUCCAGUCGCCCACCAGUGCCGGGGGCCACCCUAAGGCGCACGAGCUGAGCGAAGCCUGUCUGCGCACCCUGAGCGGUCCGCCCAGCCAGCCUCCAGGCCUGGGCGAACCGCCCUUGCCACCGCCUCCGCCCCAGGCCGCGCCCCCUGCCCCGCAGCCACCGCAGCCCCCGCCGCAGCCUCCUGCGCCAGUCCCUGCCGCGCCCCCGCCCCCCUCUUCGGUCUCCCCACCUCAGAAUGGCAGCAGCAACCCUGCUCCAGCCAGCGCGGCCAAGAGCCCCCUGCUCAACUCGCCCACCAUGGCCAAACAAAUCUUUCCCUGGAUGAAAGAGUCUCGGCAAAACACAAAGCAGAAAACCAGCGGCUCCAGCUCAGGAGAGAGCUGCGCUGGCGACAAGAGCCCUCCCGGCCAGGCGUCGUCCAAGCGGGCCCGCACAGCCUACACAAGCGCGCAGCUGGUGGAACUGGAGAAGGAGUUCCAUUUCAACCGCUACCUGUGCCGGCCGCGCCGCGUGGAGAUGGCCAACCUGCUGAACCUCACGGAGCGCCAGAUCAAGAUCUGGUUCCAGAACCGCCGCAUGAAGUACAAGAAGGAUCAGAAGGGCAAAGGCAUGCUGACGUCGUCCGGGGGCCAGUCCCCUAGUCGCAGCCCCGUGCCCCCCGGCGCUGGUGGAUAUCUGAACUCUAUGCAUUCGCUGGUGAACAGCGUCCCAUAUGAGCCCCAGUCGCCCCCGCCCUUCUCCAAGCCUCCCCAGGGCGCCUACGGGCUGCCCCCCGCCUCCUACCCUGCGCCCUUGCCCAGCUGCGCACCCCCACCACCCCCACAGAAGCGCUACACAGCGGCAGGGGCGGGUGGCACCCCCGACUAUGACCCUCACACGCAUGGCCUGCAGGGCAACGGCAGCUAUGGGACCCCACACUUACAGGGAAGCCCCGUCUUCGUGGGGGGCAGCUAUGUGGAACCCAUGAGCAACUCCGGGCCGGCCCUCUUUGGCCUGACUCACCUCCCUCAUGCCGCCUCGGCUGCCAUGGACUACGGGGGCGCUGGGCCGCUAGGCAGCGGCCACCACCACGGGCCAGGGCCAGGGGAGCCGCACCCCACCUACACGGACCUUACCGCCCACCAUCCUUCUCAGGGAAGAAUUCAGGAAGCGCCCAAGCUCACCCACCUGUGA